AUGGCUACUGAAAACGUUACUCUUGGUCCACAAUCUCAAGGCACCUCUGAAGUCUUUGGUGUUGCACACAUCUACGCUUCCACUAACGAUACUUUCGUUCAUGUUACCGAUUUAUCUGGUAAGGAAACCAUUGCAAGAGCAACCGGUGGUAUGAAGGUCAAGGCUGACAGAGAUGAAUCUUCUCCAUACGCUGGUAUGCUUGCUGCUCAAGACGUUGCAGCUAAGUGUAAGGAAGUCGGUAUCACCGCAGUCCACAUCAAGUUAAGAGCAACUGGUGGUACCAAGUCCAAGACCCCAGGUCCAGGUGGUCAAUCCGCUUUAAGAGCUUUAGCUAGAUCUGGUUUAAAGAUUGGUAGAAUUGAAGAUGUUACUCCAAUCCCAUCCGAUUCUACUAGAAAGAAGGGUGGUAGAAGAGGUAGAAGAUUAUGA